AUGCCAGAGGCUCCCAGCUAUCCGGUGCCGCGGAGCCGGUGGGUCGAGAGGAGCGACAGCUGUGCGACGUGCGGGAAGAAGUUCACCUUUUUCACCUCCAAGACAAACUGCCCGUGCUGCGGCAAGCUCUGCUGCUCCGACUGCGUGCAGGCGGAGUGCGCCAUCGCAUCGGACACUGCCGCUGCGAAGGUAUGCAUUGAUUGUUUCUCCAUGCUCCAGAGCAGCCAGAGCAGCAGACAGGUGAGUGCGGAGCCUUCGCGUGAUGGGUGCAAUGUGGCCGCAACGACCCGCACUCCUGCCUGGGAGAAUGAGCAUAAGGCAUGCAACGUGUCAUUGCCCUUUAGCGAAGCCGGAAACACUGCGAACCGAGAUGGUGCGGCGGCAGUGGUGGCGGUGGGGGAAUGUUCUGCCUCUCCAAGCUUUCACGAGCAUGUGAAUGAGCUGCUAAAGAAGUCGGAGUCCUUGCGGGAGGAGAAUAGCGUGUGGCUCACAAAAGUCAGAGAGCAGAAGUUGCAGAUUGUGACCCUUCGCGAAGAGCGCGACCGUGCUCUUGUGGAAGUUGAGAAGAAGCAAAAAUAUAUCAAUGAUGUACAUGAGGAAUGGAAGGAUCUGAAGAAAAAACAUUCCGAGACGCGUGACCAACUCAAUGAAUGUCGGCGGCGUCUUGAGGCUAUGACGGUGGAGGCGAGUCAGAAAGCUGCUGGUUCAAAUACCAAUGAUGAGGCAUUUCAGGACUUGCAAGAGCGUAUCUCAAGGUACGAAAAGGAGGUUGCGAGACUCAGCAAAAUUGAACAAGGCGUCAAGCCUGAUCGAACGUCUAUUGACGGCGGCGCGCAGCUAACACGAAAACUACCUGUGUCGCUUGUGCAGGAUACAUUUCUGGAUGUCGUUGCCCCGAAGCCACGCGGCUUGCUGGGCGCUGGCGUCAGCAUUCGUGACUGGGGUUUUGACACCUUUGCGUUGGCGUCACGUGUUCCCUCCGUUCUGCAGACAGUGGCUGCAGAGGUCGCUGUGGCGUGGGAAUUCUUUGCCACCGAGAGCGAGGCGCAGAGCUGGGCGCGACUGGCCGCCGCAGUGGAGAACAACUACAGGCCGAACCCGUAUCACAACGCCGUGCACGCGGCAGACGUCCUGCAGGGCGUUUUUGCCCUCGUGACGGCGGCACAGCCGAUGCUGCAGCACAUGACAGAUGUAGAGCGGAAGGCUGUUGCGUUCGCGGCGAUGUCGCACGACGUUCGCCACCCGGGACGCACAAGCGCAUUUCUGGCGGCAGUGCACGAUCCAAUGUGCUACCGCUUCUGCGGUCGUGGCAUGCUCGAACAAAUGCACGCCGCGACGGCGUUCGAGAUACUUGCAGUGCCUGAGUUUGACUUCACUAGCACUAUGGAUGAUGCAUCGUUUCUGGAGUUCAAGAAUAUUGUGGCGCAGCUCAUCUUACACACAGACAUGACGCUGCACCGUGAGAGCGUGGUGCACUGGGGGACAAAGGCGGCCUCGGGUGGCUUCGACUGCACGCGCCCAGAGGACCGCGUCGACGCCCUCUCACUGCUGCUGCACGCUGCAGACAUUGGCGCCACCGCACGCGGAGUGUCAGUGGCGAAGAAGUGGCAGGUUGUGAUCGAUGAGUUUGCUGAACAGGCGGCGGACGAGCGGCGGCGUGGGCUGCCGGUGACACCCGGCUUUGAUCGACCGCAGUCCGUGGAGCGGUCGCAGAUCCUGUUCCUCGAUUUUUUUGUUAUUCCUCUCUUUGACGUGCUGCAGCAACUAUUCCCUGCUGUUCAGGAGCCGCUGCACAACCUCCGCGCACUACGUGAGGAUUACGCAGCAGCAAUAGGAGGUGUGGCGACGCCCUUUCCUUCACGUCUCGACUAUAGGAGCCCUGAUGUGAAGCUGAAGGAGAUGGAGGUUUAUGCCGUCGAAUGUCAGAAGCGUGAGGAGGAGAUUCAUCGCUACUUGGAGGAUAUGAAAGCAGCCGGUGGAAAACUAAAGAAAAAAUCGGCUGCGCUAAAAGCCAAAGAGAUUGAGUUGAAUGAGCAACUGCAGCUGCUGUUGGAACGGGAACAUCAGCAGAAGAAAGGUUUGGAAAAGGCUGAGGAAAUUGUGCACGUGGAAAAGCGUGAACUUCAGGGUAUUGUUGGUACAUCUGUUCCUCAAGAGGCAAAUGCGGCUGGAAACGCUACUCUGGAUACUUCCAUAACGCAGAGAAGUGAAGCACUAGCAGCUAGAGAGAGGAGAAUCCGUGAACGCGAAUCUGCACUUGAGGUGAGUGCGAAGGAUAUUGAGCGUCGUGAGAAGAAACUAGCCACUCUCUCAGAAAGACUAGUGAAAAUAGCGGAAAAUGUGCACGAUGAAAGGCGGCGCAUUAAGCAGUUGGAGGAGUGUGAACCCACCAUUUGGCGGCGCGCAUCCGCUGUGCAGGAGGGGGAGGAUGCUUCUGGGGCUCAAAUGCGCUUACCACUCACUCAGUGGGAGGCGGAGGAACGUCUUGCACGUAAGUACAAUGAGGUGGAUGAGCUCCUGCUGAUCGUGCGUUCUAUGCGUGUAGAUUGUGUCGCGCGGCGUGAUAACGAGUUGCGGAUGCAGCAGCUCUGCGCAACCAUGGCAGAGCGGGAAGCAGCAAUCUCGGAGGCCGUUGAGUUGUCGCGGCAGCGGCGGCGGCAGGUAGCGGAGGGCAGAGCCGCUCGCCCCUUGACGACGCAGCUGGAUCGGUUGGAGAAUGCCAUCUUCCAGCUUACAUCUGCCAUCACAUUCCUGGCGGAGUAG